AUGGCAUCCAAAGCCAUAGCAAACUCAGUUCUUGUGUUGAGGCUCCUCACUCUCUUAGCUUCAAUUGCUUGUAUGAUUGUUAUUGUUACUGAUAAGAUCUCAUAUGGUGGUGAUGUCAAGUCAGAUUUCAAGGAACUCAACGCAUAUAGGUAUGUCCUUUCGGUUGCUGUUAUAGCUGCAACCUACAGUUUGUUUCAGCUACAUUUCGCCAUAUAUUACACAGUGAAAGAGAAAAGGCUGAUCGGAGGCCAAUUCUUGCCGGAGUUUGACUUUUACGGAGACAAGGUGAUGACCUUUUUUCUUGCGACUGGCGUUGGGGCCGGUUUUGCUGUGAGUUGCGAAUUCAAGAAAUUGCUGAAUGCUGUAUACAAACUCCUUGUGUCAUUGAAUUACACAGGACUUGAAGAAUGGAUGUCCAGUAUUAAUAAGUUUCUCGAGAAGGGAAAUAUUGCAGCUGGUCUUCUGCUCAUAGCUUCUCUUGCCAUGGCCGUGCUCUCCAUCAUCUCCUCCAUUAAUCGAACCAGGAGCACUGGAUUCAUGGCAUUUAAUUGA